AUGGACACCCAGAAGGAUGUUCAACCCCCAAAGCAGCAGCCAAUGAUAUUUAUCUGUGGAGAAUGUCAAACAGAAAAUUUAAUAAAAUCCAGGGAGCCCAUCAGAUACAGAGAAUGUAGAUGUAGAGUAAUGUACAAGAAAAAAAAAAAGACUGGUGGUUUUUGA